AUGAUGGAUAAUCCUCCUCAUAUAUUACGAUUAUCUUCACCUCCAUCAGCAUCAAAUCCCAAUAAUCCAUCGUCAUCAUCAUCAUCAACCACCACCACCACCACGACAACAAAUCCCUUACAUCAUCAUCUUUCAAAUAAUUUAAAUGCAUCCACUCAUCCAAACUUAUUUAUUGAUACAUCCAUAGGUUCUACAGAAACAUCUCUUCCCACUCCUCCAUUACAAACUAUCCAAGACCAUUCUCAAUCCACGGAUAUUCAUCAUAAAAGAAGACAUUCCUUUACUUAUGAACCUCAUUUACAACAUCAUUCGCACGUUCCAUCAUCUUCAAAUACAACAUCAGAUCCUUUCAAUAUGAAUAAUUCAAUUCCUAAUACUUCUCCAACUCCAAAUACUUUAUCAAAUGUUUCAUCAGUAUCAAGUUCACCUCCUUUAAUUCAUUCAUUUUCUGAUGAAUCAUUUAAUGAUUUACCUUUAUCAAUGAAAUUUAUGCAUAAACCAAGUAGAUCUCAAGAAUUAUUAGAAAAAGCAAGUGAUCCAACUAGAAGAAAUAGUUUACUUAAUAGUCAUAUCGAUGAUAUCACCCUUAAUAAUAAUAAUAAUAAUAAUAAUAAUCAAACUAAUAAUAUUGAUCAAAAUUCAGAUAUAAUUUCUUCAUCUCCAGUAUCUCAAACUAUUGAAUAUUCUUCACCCAUGGAAAAUGUAUCCAUGAGUAAUGGUACAGAACCAGGUUAUACUUUGGUCCGUAAAAAAUCUGGUGAAAUUUUAAAACCUUCAUUAAAAUCAGAUGAUUCAUCAUAUUUUGAUUUAAAGAAAAGAUCAAGAUCUUUACCCACAACUCCAACUUAUAAACAAGUUCAUUUUGGUGGUGGUAAUGAUGUAAGAUAUUUUAAAAAGAAAGAUAAACCAAAUGCUAUAAGUGCCACCAAUUCUCCAACUUUAGAUGAAGGUCAAGAUGAAGCAAAUCUUUUAGAUAUUCGAAAAUUAAAUUUAUCUUCAAGUGAACGAUAUUAUGGUGAUGAUGAUGAAUAUGAAUAUGAUGAAGAAGAUGAUGAUUAUGAUGAUCAAAGAAGAAGAAGAUAUGAAUAUGAAGAAUAUGAAGAUAAUGAUGAUGAUGAUUAUGAAGAUUCAGAUGAUGAAUUUGUGGCUAAUAAUGCUCAUGGUGAAACUAAAUAUCCUCGAUAUGCUGAAGUAUUUGAUGAUGAUGAUGAUGAAGACGAUGAAGGUGAUAAAGAUAAAGAAGAACAUCGAUAUAAAUAUCAAUCACCUCCUAAAACCAUUGAUUGGCAAUUGAAAUUAUUAAAUUUCACUCCUUUAUCAUCUUAUGAUGUUAAAAUCAAAGCUGAAUCACCAGUAUUUUUAGAACGAUUAUUUAUAACAGUUGAUAAAAAAUAUCUUUUAGGUCAUAUUGCCGUUAAGAAUCUUGCAUUUGAAAAAUAUUUAAUUGUUCGAUAUUCACUUGAUAAUUGGUGUACUAUUAUUGAAAUUCCAACUAUUUAUGUUCCUGAUCGUCCUGAAAUUUUAAAAGCUAAUAAUUAUGAUCGAUUUAUAUUUCAAAUUCCUUUGGAAAAUCUUUUUCAUAGUUUUAGAAUUAAUGCAUCAGCUAAUAGUAGCACUGAUAGUAUUAAUAAUGAUAAUAAUCCAAAAACUGGUGAUAUUAAACAAGAAAAAGCUUAUCAAUUAUGUAUUAAAUAUUAUUCUGAUAGAAACGAAUAUUGGGAUAAUAAUGGAUUUAAAAAUUAUCAUAUUAAAUUAAUUAAAAGUACUAAGAUUCAUCCUCAUGAAAAACAACAACAACAACAACAUUAUAAAAAUCAUCAUGCUAAAGUUGGUUCACCUCCUCCUCCUCCUGAUUUUAAUCAAUCUCAUAAAGAUCCUAAGAUUCAAGCUCAUAAUAAAAAACCAAAAUAUUCAAAUUCUUAUCUAAAGAGAAUUGUAUCUGAUUCUCAAAUUGAAUUGAAUAAAUCGGAUAAAAAGAAUUCAUCUCCCACUCCUGAACUGAUUAAACCAAUUGAAUCAGCACCAAUUGUUUCUAAAUCUAAGGACAAUAAUAUGUUCCAUACUGAUGAUAAUUCAUCAAGUGAUGUAAAUGAUUUUGAAAAGAAUAAUUUUUAUAUGUCAUCCCCUAUGUUAUCAACUUAUAAUAAUAAUAAAUCAAAACCAUCAACGGCAGCUUCUGGUAUUAAUGCUAAUGGUUCAAAUUCUAUCACUAGUAAUAAUAAUCAUGAAAAUAAUAGUAAAGAUGUUAAUGAAAGUAUUGAAUCUUUACCUAAAAAUACUAAUAUCCAUACUAUUACUAAUCCAUCUACCAUUACAUCAACAGAUGAUUCUAAACCAUCAUCAACGUCAACUAAAUUACAAUUAACUUCACCACCAUUUGCUAUUAGAGAUGAAAAUGAUUCAAAUAUUUCUCCUGAUAAUGAAGAUGAAGAAAUUGUAUCACCAUCUCUUGGUCAAACUCAAUUACCUCCUCAACAAUAUCUUGUUCCACCGCCAUUAGAUCCACAAUCUUAUAAGGAAUUACUUGAUAAUUAUUGUUUUUUUAAUUCUUCCAAUCCAAAUGGUGAAAUUUCAUCCACUGAUACUUUCCAUUCUCCCUAUUUUGGUGGUGGAGGUCAUUAUUCAAGAAGAGCAAAUCAUCAGCAAAAUUCAAAUAGUAGAAAUACUUCAAGUGCUUCUUCUAAUACCCUUGAUUCGGAUGAUGGGACUAUUAAAGGUAAUAUUACCCCACCAUCAACUACAAAUCAAGGACCAACUACUGAUGGUGGAAAAACAUUUACUGUUUCAUCAUUCUUAGGCGCUUAG